AAACCUGAAGCCCAGGUGAGCUCAGCACACACAGGGAGCAUGGACUCGCUCGGCCAGCCACAGCCAAUGGCUACUCCAAAUAAUUGCGAGGAAGGCGACAAUAAGAGCAAUGACAACAUGUGCAAAGAGGUCAAAGCGAGCCUUGCACACUCCACUGUGGCGUUGGUUGAGGAGGAGCCAGAGGAAAUAGACCCGUGGGACCUGCCGGAGCUGAAGGACACAGGGGUCCCAUGGUCAGCUUUGGAUACCAAAGGGAAGGUGUGGAGGGUGUUGGUGUCGGUGGGGAAGUUCAUCCUGCUGCUGGGUUUCCUCUACAUCUUCAUCUGCUCUCUUGACGUCCUCAGCUCAGCUUUCCAGCUUGUUGGAGGUAAAGUAGCGGGGGACAUCUUUCAGGACAACUCGGUUCUGUCCAAUCCUCUGGCUGGUCUGGUCAUUGGUGUCCUGGUCACCCUGCUGGUCCAGAGCUCAUCCACUUCCUCCUCCAUAGUGGUCAGCAUGGUCUCUUCUGGACUGUUAUCCGUCCGGCUGGCCGUUCCUAUCAUCAUGGGCACCAACAUCGGCACUUCUGUCACCAACACACUCGUCGCCAUGACGCAGGCUGGUGACCGCAGCACCUUUCGCAGGGCCUUUGCAGGGGCCACAGUUCACGACUUCUUCAACUGGCUCUCCGUGCUGGUGCUGCUGCCUCUUGAGAUCGCCAGUGGAUAUUUGUAUGAGGUCUCGAAGCUCAUCAUCGACUCCUUCAAAAUUGAGAGUGGAGAGGCCCCGGAGCUGUUAAAUGUGAUCACUGAUAUCCUCACUGACUCAAUUAUACAGUUGGACCAGUCCGUCAUCAAUGGGAUUGCCACCGGAGACCCAGCAGCCAGGAAUAAGAGUCUCAUCAAGAAAUGGUGCCAUACCUUCACCAAUACAUCCUUAGUGUACGUCACGGUUCCUGGUCCAGAUAACUGCACGUCUCCGUCCCUGUGCUGGGUCGAUGGCAACUACACCAUCACACUGAAGAACGUUUCUGAAACGUACAAUCUCCAGAAAUGUAAGCAUAUCUUUGUGAAUGUGAAUCUGCCAGACCUGGCGGUGGGUCUGAUCCUGCUCGCUCUCUCUCUGCUGGUGCUCUGCUCCUGCCUGAUACUCAUAGUCAAGCUGCUCAACUCCAUGCUGAAGGGACAGGUGGCCUCAGUCAUCAAGAAGAUCCUCAACACCGAUUUCCCAUUUCCAUUCGGCUGGGUCACAGGUUACAUUGCCAUUUUUGUCGGAGCUGGAAUGACAUUCAUUGUGCAGAGCAGCUCUGUUUUCACUUCUGCUAUCACUCCACUUGUCGGUAUUGGUGUCAUCAGCAUAGAGAGAGCAUACCCAUUGUCUCUGGGUUCAAAUAUUGGUACAACUACCACAGCCAUCCUGGCAGCUAUGGCUAGUCCUGGAGAGACACUGGCAAAUUCUCUACAGAUUGCCCUCGUACACUUCCUGUUCAACAUCUCUGGCAUCCUUCUGUGGUAUCCAAUCCCCUUCACCCGAAUCCCUAUCCGGCUGGCAAAAAGCCUGGGAAACAUCACCGCCACCUACCGCUGGUUUGCUGCCGUCUACAUCAUCAGCUUCUUCUUCAUUUUACCGCUCUUCAUCUUCAGCCUGUCUCUGGCCGGCUGGAAGGUGAUGGUGGGCGUGGGUGUUCCUCUGGUCGCCAUGCUGAUCCUCAUCGUAGUGAUUAACGCGCUGCAGAAAAUGAAACCCCGGUGCCUGCCUGCAGCCCUGCGAUCCUGGGACUUCCUCCCUCUGUGGGCCCACUCCCUGGAACCCUGGGACAAAUUGGUUGGUGCUUGUACCGCAAAAUGCUGUUGCUGCAGCAAAUGCUGCCAGCUUGCUGUUGAAGGGGAAGAACACAAAUCACACAUAGCAGUGUAUGAUAAUCCUGCAAUGAGUGCAGAGAAGGAGGUGGAAAAUGAGUUCAAUUUAGAGCUAAACAUUCUGAAAAACACCCGGCUUUGA